AGCAUCCAGCCUGCCUCUCUACUCUGUCUGUAACCUGGAGCAAAGAAAUAUAGUUUGGAGGAACCUGACGCAGCAGGAAAACGGAGGUGCACCGAAGUCUCAAACAACCUGAAUGUAACCUGGGGAGGGAGGGUAGAGUUCUGCGGUAUCACGUCAUUCAUUUUUUGAGGAUUUUUACACAUCUAAAGAAGACUGUGUAACUGAACUUAAUCGCAUCAAAGGUCUGUCAAGUUCAAGAAGAAUUUGAUUACGUCAAAUGGAGUCAAGGAAUAACACAAUGCCGUUUCUAGACUAAAAGCAGGAGGAAAUGCAGGCCUGGCAUCAUCAUCACCAUCUUUAAUUUUGCUCCUGAGGGUGUCGACCUGAUCUCUGACCUGCUCAGUAACUUCCUCCCCUCUGGCUGGAAAUGUUAUCUAGAGGCUGAAGUGGGCUUCAGGGUUUAGUAGUGACAGCAUGGGGGAUAUGUGCUAUGUGGAAAGACGGGACCUCGCCUGCCUGCUGUGGUUUUAGCUUCUUUCAGGGCUACUGCUGGGGCAGGAACAGGAGGGUCCAGCCUGAGACAUCACGACCGGAGGCUUUCCCUCACCCUCACAGACUCCCAGCAGAAGGAAACCGUCUUGGAAUAAACCGAGCCUGCUCACAGAAGUUUGGCCCUGGUGUAGGGACCCUGCCUCAGCUCGAGCCACCCGUGGUCCAGGUGGUGGUCAGCAAUGCCAAAAACCAGCACCAGCAGUCGGACAACAUCCUGCCCCAAAUUGCCAACAAAGGGGGCCAAAACAACUAUCAGACACACCCGGAGGAGAGGCAGAAGCCCGCCCAGCAGUUCAGCAUGCGCUUUGGUGCUGCAAUGGAUAAAGUGUCGGUCUCCCGCAACAGCAAGAUUUUCAGCAACAAGCUGGAGAAAGAGAAGGCAUAUGAGGGACAAAGAUUACCCAUGUCCCCCAUAGAGGCACUGAAGAACUUCAAGGACCGGAUGACAGAGUUUGAGCAGGAGGAAAUCAUGGACUACGCAGAGAUCUGGUUCCUUGGUCUGGGCUCUCAGAAGAUCGAGGGUUCCCAAGGAACACCGCAGAACUCUGGAUAUGACGACGAGCAUGGAAGCUACGUCAGGGUGCUGCAUGACCACAUUGGCUACAGGUUUGAAGUGCUUGAAGUGAUUGGGAAAGGCUCCUUUGGGCAGGUCCUGAAAUGUCUGGACCACAAGAACAAUGAGCUUGUAGCCAUCAAGAUGAUACGCAAUAAGAAAAGGUUUCAUCACCAAGCUCUGGUUGAGCUGAAGAUCCUCGAUGUGAUAAAGAGGAAAGACAAAGACAACCUCCACAACGUCAUCCACAUGAAGGAGUACUUUUACUUCCGAAAUCACCUCUGCAUCUCAUUUGAGCUUCUCGGGGUGAACUUGUACGAGCUCAUCAAAAAAAACAACUUCCAGGGCUUCAGUCUCGCUCUCAUCCGCCGGUUCACCCAUGCUCUCCUCAGGUGCCUGCAGAUGCUGCACAGGGAGAAGAUAAUCCACUGCGACCUCAAACCGGAGAACAUCCUUCUGUCUCAGAGAGGGCCAGGGAACAUCAAGGUGGUUGACUUUGGAUCAAGCUGUUAUGAACAACAAAGGGUGUACACUUACAUCCAGAGUCGCUUCUACCGCUCUCCAGAGGUCAUCCUGGGUCACCCCUACAGCAUGGCCAUCGACAUGUGGAGUCUGGGUUGCAUCCUUGCUGAACUCUACACAGGCUAUCCUCUCUUCCCAGGAGAGAGCGAAGUGGAGCAGAUAGCCUGCAUAAUGGAGGUUCUUGGGAUGCCUCCAAAUGAUUUUGUUCAGUCAGCAUCGAGGAGGAGGUUGUUCUUUGACUCAAAAGGAAACCCCAGGAACACCACUAAUAGCAAGGGGAAGAAAAGGAGACCCAACUCCAAGGAGCUGUCAGCUGCCUUGAAAACGAAUGACGCUUUGUUCUUAGACUUCAUCAAACGCUGUCUCACAUGGGAUCCAACAAAACGUAUGACUCCAGACGAGGGGUUACAGCAUGAGUGGAUCCUGGAGGGAAAUUUCAACAAAGCACGGCCAAGAACCAGGCCAACGGUGAAGAAGGCCUCAGACAGUUCGACCAGCAAGCCUGCAGAGAAGGUCAGCUCAGAGAGCAGCGCUACUGACAAGCUGAAGAGAGACGGUCCUUCAGCAGGAACAAAGAUGGCCCCUGCCGAGCGUCUGCGACCCAUCGGGGCCUCAGCGGAGGAGGAGGUGUGUGAGAAUGAGGGCAAGCUCUCCACGGAGACCAAACGGCAAGAAGGAGGCGGAGAGAGGCCCAUCCACAUCAUCAUCAAGCCUCAAGAGGAAGUGGGCACAGAGAGAAAAGAUAGCAAGGAGUCGUCUCAUUGUUUCCCCCCCGUCAUGUGACAGCCAAAGGGAAUCGUGCUGCGUUCACGUCAAGUGGCUGUUGUUCAGGUUCAGAGAGUUAUGGAGUUGGUGAAGUGGGAGGAAAUAGACAGCUGAGAGAAAAUAUGCAUUUUGUUUGGCCCUUCACACCCACAAAAUGUGAAGAUGAUUCUCAUUUACUACAAACACUGCCAUGUUGCUUCUGUGUCUACACGAGGUCACAAAACAACAUGCUGGAGUCGGACUUUAAAGUUAGAAAGCAGCUUAAGUGGAUGUUUUCUACGAACAGGUAGGAAACGAUCCAGUUCCCACAUGCCGUGAACUAAAUAUUGAUGUACAGAGGGGACACACUGACCAUCAGCAGAGGGACAUCUUCUAUUUAUUGUUUUAAGUAUACAGUCAUAGUGUAUUCUUUCAUUCUGUGGAACUUUGACUUUAUAUGACAGUAAAGUCAACCGGUAGUUGUUGUUUUUUAAAGGACUUAAGGUGCAGGUGCAGACAUUCUGUUUAAAUGUGUCACAAUUGAGACACCAAGUUGUCUGCCACAUAAGAAUGCACAUGUUGUAUUUAGAUCAAAUGGUUAAAACCCUAUUUCUUAUCACAGCAUCAGCUUUUUGCUGUCACUGUCUACUGUAUUAUGUAUUGAACCCGAUCUCUGCUGGGCAUUGAAAUCUUUGAAAAACAGGUUUGACCAUAAACACUUUUAGAUUUCAUGAAAAAAUUCAAAAGUAGGAGACAGUGCAUGGGUAUAAAAUGUAUCAAAUCUUUGUUUUUACUUUUUUUUCUUUUAGACAUUUUAGAAUUACUUUCAUAAUGGUAAAAUAUUUUAAGAAUUGUGUGCGAUAAAGGCUGAGCCAAAAUAUUUUUUUUUAAUCAUGUUAACAAAGAAAUAAUUGUCAUACUUUUUAACUGUAGAAUGCAGUCGAUAAUUUAUUGAUUAUUAAUGAUUUCACAGUAUUUAUUAUUGAAUAUGUUUGAUCCUAUGUUUCAUAUUUGUUUAACAAUUGAAUCCAACAAUUAUAAAAUAUGUAUUUGUAAUAGAAUCUAUUGUGUAUAUAUAUUUUGUGUUUGUGUAAUACAGAACAUAUUUUAAGAAGAUAUUUCAGAUAUUUGUUGAGGGUUUAGACAAGGUUUUACUUGUUGUGUUGUUACUGUAUGCAAAUAUUUUGUAUGUCUGUGUUAUUCGUUACAAUUUUUUUAUAUAAGAAACAAAAAGACAAUCCUGUUAUUGAUAGUUUGUGCCUUGCAGUAUUAGGAAUCUUGCACUUUACUAUUGUGUGUGUGUGUGUGUGUGUGUGUGUGUGUGUAUGUGUGUACUGUACCUGGAUUAGAAACCGUCAAACAGACAAGGGUAAUAGGAAAAGUUACGUUAUAGUUAUAUCAUGUUUUAUGUCUUUUUGUCUUUUAUGAUGAAAUAAAAAGUUGUUUUAAAGAGCA